GUUGCAGUGUACACUCUUCCUGGCGUAGUCGGUCGAACUGACAGUGAGACCCUUCGUUCUCGACCUUACCGAAAGAAAGAUUGGCGAGACUAGAGCGCUUGCUAUCAAUCGUAUAGUUAGUGUAUCAAUUGUCCAUUUAUAGAUCGGUGUGUGCCCGAGCGAUACCUUGGCAAAACGCCAAAGAACACAAAACACAGCCAACACCGCACACAUACAGAUCCUGUACAAAACCAUAACAGCACAAACCCCCUUUGCCGACAACGAUGCAAUCGCACUUAUUCCGCCGAAGUCGCCCCUGGGGUCGGCCCUAUCCACUCCACUGCGGAGCACGAGCAUCUUCUGCACAACCCUGUUUCACUGUCACAAUUGCUGCACGCCUACGAUAUUCCUCGGUAUCCUUUGGAAACAUUGGCGGUAUGCCUUCAACCCCCUGGCAAUCGCGACCUCGGUACUACCGAUCUUACUCGUUGACAUUUCAUACUGGCAACACCAACUUCAACAGCAACAACUACCACCAGGCUUUGGCGGGAGUGCGCAGUUUCCGUUCGACGGCGGGUGCGUGGGCCCCAACACGAACCGCCAUUCAGGCGCUUUCGACGGACGCCCUCCACGACGAACAAAAUGACGAGGCAAUGUCGGAAUCGGUUGAGGAUCUGUUCCGAGCCGAACUCGAACGAUACACCUUUCAUGCCAAGGCGCGUAUGAUGCCAGGGUACGAACACUACAACCCAACGAAAUACGACGACAUCGACAACGAUGCCUCGGUAUCCGCUUCCCAGGAUCUACAGGUAGAGUUGGAUACGGGAAACGAAUCCCUUUUUGCGAGUAACAACGAACACGCUCGCAAACUCGGCAGCGAAGUAACGUGGGAGGAAGAACUUGUGGAUCUCGAGCAAAUCGACUUGGACGAGGCGGUCCGUUCCCCGGAAGCGGCCAACGCACAUCAACCCAAUCCACCUACAUCGAACCACAAAACCCAAAAAUCCGCAGUGGAACUCUUGCUUGCGUUUGACCCCCAGAAUCCGCCCAGUUGUGACGAUUUGGAGGAACUGCAACUGUGGCUGGAAUGCGAGGCUCAGCAAGAAUCGAUUACGCGGUACCAACACGUUAUAGAUUCGGCUCGCACGCGGAAGGACUACGCCUCCCUUUCACUGGUUCAACGCCAUGUCUUGCAAUGGUAUCAACCACUCAAGCAUGAAAUUGAGUCGUUGCAAAAGGCGUAUAUAUUCAAGGAGCAGGAUCCCGAAGGGGUCGUAUUAACCAAGCGCGCCGCCAACGUGUACGGACCCUUUAUCUGUUCGUUGCCACCGGAAAAAUUGGCUGUCAUAUGUGCCCACGAGGCCAUCAUGAGUGGGCUCUCGAAUCCCGGUGUCGAUGGCAGGGAUGGCACCGCCUUUACUGCUGUGGCCAGACGGAUUGGUGACGCUGUGGAGCAAGAAGUCGUCAUUCAACGGAUGCUGCAUCGACGCUUCAAAGAGUCACAAGCACGACAUUCGACGCAAGACCCGAAUAGAAUUUUGCCGAAACCGGAGGAAGAAGUUGAAGGGGAUGUUGAGCUCUCCACGGACAAGAUUGACGAGGACAUGAACGACGGCAACGCUACAACUCGGUCCAAGUCUAGCACUGGAACCGAAGACGUGCAUAAAUGGGCGUACGCCGCAUCACACCUAAAAAAUUACUUGGACGAAAUCAGUUACCGCAAACCUUCCGUCAAGAAACGACUGGUUAUCGAAUACGCUAUUCGUCGAGCCCGCACCAUAUUGGAAAAUGACGAAGCAUGGACCGAAUCUCAGAAAAUUCAACUAGGUGCGGUACUCUUUCAAGUUUUGCUUAACAAAGCGAACGUUCGCAUCGACGGUAAGCAAGAAAAGGCAUUUACGUACGAAAAGUUUUGGAUCAGUAAGCAAAAAGUCCAAUCGAUUGUCUCCAUGAAUGAUCGGUUGCACAAAAUGCUAGUUUCGGACAAGCUACAAUCGUUUGGAACCACGACCACACGGCAAAAACCUAUGAUUGUGCCGCCCAAACCAUGGUCUAGGCCGGACGAAGGUGGCUACAAGAUGCUCAGAACAGAGUUGCUCCGCUAUCACGGAUGCAAUAUGCAAAAGGAAGUCUUGCAGAAUGUGGAUUUAAGCAUUGUUUUCGAUGGUUUAAAUGCUCUUGGACGAGUACCAUGGAGAAUCAAUCAACGAGUAUUGACUGUUGCGCAACGCUGCUGGGACAACAAUAUACCACUAGGUGACAUUCCGUCAAAAGAUGACAACCCGUUACCCGAAGAACCAUUACACCCAAAACGACAGGAACAAUUUUGGGAACCGGAAACACCGGGGUACGAGUCAUACGUCGAGGAAUAUCGUCUGUACCGUGAAUCAUGGAACAAGUUUAGGAGAGUCAAACAAAGAAACAUGGAUCUACGCUCGCUGCGAUGCUCGGCGAUGUUGAAACUGGACCAAGCCGAAAAGUUUAAAGAAUUUGAGGAGAUUUUCUUUCCUUACAAUAUGGAUUUUCGUGGGCGGGCGUACCCCGUUCCUCCGCACUUGUCGAACGUCGGCUCUGAUUUAUGUAGAGGAGUGCUUAAAUUUGCGGAAGCCAAACCGCUCGGGCCGCGUGGCCUCUACUGGCUCAAGGUGCACUUGGCGAAUUUUGCGGGAAAAGACAAAAUGUCGUUUGAUGAUCGUGUAAAGUUUGUUGACGAUAAUUUGGAACAAGUACGAUUAUCUGCGGAAGACCCGUUUGCAGGAGAACGUUGGUGGAUGAGCCUUGAGGACCCUUUUCAAGGUCUAGCUACCUGUUUAGAAAUAAUCGAUGCAAUUGAUUGCGGUAAUCCCGAGUCGUUUUUGUGCUCACUGCCAGUGCACAUGGAUGGCUCGUGCAACGGCCUCCAACACUAUGCUGCUCUUGGGCGUGACAGCGUCGGUGGCAAAGCGGUAAAUCUGUGCGCGUACGAUGAACCUCAAGACGUAUAUGUCGGAGUUAUGCACGAAGUAGUUCGUCGUGUCGCUGCAGAAGCCGAGCGACAGCUCGACUUUGAUACAUCUGACUUGGAGUCUCUGAGCCGAAAACAGAAGAAGGAAUUGUCUUAUAACCGCGCAGCAAAACUUGUGAACGGACUGAUAGACCGAGGAGUCGUGAAACGUACCGUAAUGACGAGCGUUUACGGGGUAACCUAUAUUGGAGCCCGGCAGCAAAUCCAAGAAAAGAUUAUUUCAAAGCUGGAAGCACAGGGCCACGAUGUCGAUGAAAUGAGCAAUGAAAUAUUUCAGGCUUGUGGUUACGUAGCAAGUCUCACCAUGGAAGUUAUGGGCGACCUUUUUACCGGUGCUCGAGAAACCAUGAAUUGGCUCACCACUUGCGCUAGGAUGAUCACCCAGCACGGUUUUCCUUUAGCUUGGGUAUCACCUAUCGGUUUACCGGCGAUCCAGCCCUAUCGCCAGAAGAAAGCGGCUACCAUUGUUACACUGCUGCAAACGGUUACACUCAUUAAUGAAAGCGACGACCUGCCUAUUCACAAGCAGCGACAAGUAUCGGCUUUUCCACCAAAUUUUAUUCAUUCGUUGGAUUCAUCCCAUAUGCUUUUGACAGCUUUGGAAAUGGAUCGUCGUGGGUUGACUUUUUCAGCCGUACACGACUCUUUCUGGACACACGCAUGCGACAUCGACGAAAUGAAUGAAGCUCUACGAGACGUAUUUGUUGAUUUAUACAGUCAGCCAUUGCUGGAGCGACUCAAGCAGACAUGGGAAAUGCGUUACCCUGAACUCGAGUUCCCCGACAUCCCGAAACGCGGAGACCUCAAUCUUGCCGAGGUCAAACAGGCAAAGUACUUCUUCCAAUAGAAAACGCAAAAGGGAUAUAACUUGUACAGACCAAUCAGAAGGCUAGAAAAAUACGAAUGUUUCCGUAUUCAAGUGCUGCUUGACACAACAGUGCGAGUCUUGAAACGUUGUAUUGAUGAACAGCCAACUCCAGAAAUUGAUGAGUUCAUUGGAUCCAAUCUCUCAUAUGCUUCAAAGUCAGAGAAACAUUCCCGGAAACCUGCUUCGUUCGGAUUUUAUCCGGAAGUGUCUUGUCUAUACGCUACUAGAGGGGUCAAACAAUCUUUUGAAAGACUGUUUACAGUUAAUGUCUUCUUGAGAAUAGAGAGAUGUCGGCAAGUUUCCGCUAAUCCAUCUUGUAAAUUGUGGCGGAACAUUCCGAAACGUUGGAGAAGACAUCAUGAAAAAGUGCACUAUGUCGUAU